UGGUCUAGGCCUAUAGAAUAUGUGUAUCUAACAAAACGUGUGUGUGUACAGUAUGACAGGCCAGUCAGCUCCUGAGGGAUCUCCCUGCUCUCAUCGUCUCUCUGUGCAAACUCAAGAGGAUGAGCAAGACCGCGCAGAGAGUGUGCUCAGCAGGUCUCAGUCUGCGUGUGACGACACCUCAUCUGAGCUUCAGCGAGUAGCAGCUCUUGACCCCCAAGAUGCACCAUCCAGAAACUCCUUUAGAGGAAGAGGAGCUCUGUCAAGGUUGGUCACUCUGGUUGUGACUCUAAGAGAAUGGGCACACAGGAGUCUGAUAGAGGAGGAGGAGAGACCUGAUUCUUUCCUGGAUAGAUUUCGGGGGCCUGAUGUACGAGCUCCACCCAGUCGACGGAGCAACAACCCACCAGACGCUAAUGGGAACACCAAGGGAAUCACAAAGAAACAAUGGGAGACAUUUAUAGUUGCAUCCUCUGAUGAUACAUACUACUAUUGGCUGUUCUUCAUCGCCGCUGCUGUGCUUUAUAAUUGGGUCCUGCUUGUGGCCAGAGCAUGUUUUGAUCAGCUUCAGAGUGAGACUCCUAUUGUUUGGCUAGUGCUUGACUAUAUUUGUGACUUCGUCUACAUACUGGAUUCAUGUAUUCGGUUAAGGACAGGUUAUUUGGAGCAAGGACUGCUAGUGAAGGACCUAGCCAAACUCAGAGACAGCUACAUUCAUACCUUUCAGUUCAAACUGGACGUCCUCUCCAUCCUGCCCACAGAUCUGGCGUACAUCAUUACAGGCAUCAACACCCCACAGCUACGCUUCAACCGCCUCCUGCGCUUCUCCCGCAUGUUUGAGUUCUUCAACCGAACGGAGACCAGAACCAACUACCCAAACAUCUUCCGCAUCUGGAACUUGGUUCUCUACAUCCUGGUUAUUAUCCACUGGAAUGCCUGCAUCUUCUACGCCAUUUCGAAGUCUCUAGGUUUUGGGUCGGAUGGAUGGGUUUAUCCUAACAUCUCAUCCACAGAGGAUGGAGCUCUGAGACGUAGUUACAUAUACUGCUUCUACUGGUCCACGCUAACGCUCACCACCAUUGGAGAGAUGCCGCCUCCCGUACGGGAUGAGGAAUAUGUGUUUGUGGUGUUCGAUUUUCUUGUUGGCGUUCUGAUUUUCGCCACCAUCGUGGGUAAUGUGGGUUCCAUGAUUUCCAACAUGAACGCCACACGGGCAGAGUUUCAGGCACGAAUUGAUGCUAUUAAGCAUUACAUGCACUUCCGCAAAGUCAGCCGCCAUCUUGAGACACGUGUCAUCAAAUGGUUCGACUACCUGUGGACCAAUCAGAAAGCAGUGGAUGAACAGGAAGUCUUAAAGAAUCUCCCAGACAAGCUACGUGCAGAAAUUGCUAUCAAUGUUCAUUUAACCACUCUGAAGAAAGUUCGCAUCUUUCAAGACUGCGAGGCCGGGCUGCUGGUAGAACUGGUAUUAAAACUGCGUCCUCAAGUGUACAGUCCAGGAGAUUACAUCUGUAGGAAAGGAGACAUCGGGAAAGAGAUGUACAUCAUCAAAGAGGGAAAGCUAGCAGUUGUUGCUGAUGAUGGAGUGACUCAGUUUGCAUUGCUAACAGCUGGAGGUUGUUUUGGCGAGAUUAGCAUACUUAACAUUCAGGGUAGUAAAAUGGGAAACCGCCGGACGGCUAACAUUCGUAGCAUAGGUUACUCCGACCUCUUCUGCCUUUCGAAGGAUGACCUAAUGGAGGCUGUAAUCGAAUAUCCAGAUGCUCAGAGGGUUCUGGAAGAACGUGGAAGAGAGAUUUUGAGGAAACAGGGGCUUCUGGAUGAAGGCACCGCACAGGGAGGUUUGCUUGUCAUGGACACUGAUGAGAAGGUUGAACGGCUAGAAGGCUCACUGGAUAUUCUACAAGCACGUUUUGCACGGUUGCUUGGAGAAUUUACAGCGACACAAAAAAAACUGAAGCAAAGAAUCACAGCGCUUGAGAGACAACUGUGUCAUACAGGCCUUGGGCUUGUAUCAGAUCAUGAAAUGGACGUUGAGAAUAAUGCUAACUCACCACGAACCAACUCGACUGCAUAGCUAUUAUGA